AGGUCACAAAGACGCCAUGUAAGAAAACAUACGGUACCUACUUACAUAUUCGUAUGCUUACAUGCCUGAGUAUUACUACAAGUACGUAUUAGAAAGUAACGACCUACUGUCCAGCUAGAAACGUAACCUCACAUCAGCCGCCGAAUGUCAGACCUGGGGGUUGAAUUUCGAAGUUGGGCACAGUUACAGUAAGUACACUAUCAAGCUUCACCCACAUCUUAGCUCAUAGGUACCCUAAACACCAACAAAGAUAUGCCGACAUGCAGGUAGGUAUGUAUGCGUUGGUUUUCUUAUAAGAUUCUAAGUUCUGUCCUCACCAUUGCUAUCUUGUUCAACUCUGCAAAAUCGAUAAUUGCUGGUAUAGCUGAGCAAAUCAAGCGAAUAGUAUUCCGAGUGGAUUCAAUACAGCUGAAUCAUCUCUCAAACAUAAAUCUUCUAGGGAUGCCACUUUUCUCGGUCGUCACGCGAGUUCUGUGCACAUGGAUAAGGUCUACUGAGCACAAAGAUAAAUAAGUUACUAAUAUGAUGUCAAGAGGGGACUUGACUUAGGAGCUUUCUUAGGACUUUCAUAUGGCAAGUAGGUAGUCGAAGAAGCUGUCCC